AUGGGUAAUAUCUUCCGAAAUACAGCAAUUAAAACUGAUGGUCAAAAUAUGAAUAAUAUUCCCGAUAACGAUCCACCUGAUCCAACCCGAAUUCAAUUCCCAGCGUGUAUGGGUUCUGAACCAAUCAUACGUAUUCCACUUGAUCUAGAUAUGGAUCAAUCUUUAGACAAACGAAUAACAUUUAGAGUACGACAUGCAGCUACUGAUUUUCCAGCAACAGUAGAAGCACAUAAAGAUCAUACAAUUUCCAUACUUAAACGAUAUUUAAUUGAACAUAUGGGAAUGCCAUUUCCAAGUAAAGAUGGGAAAUGUAAAAUACUGAUGGUAUGGAAUAAACCUGAUUUACUACGUGAUGAACCCUCUGAAGAUCAAUCGGAGAUAAAUGAACGAUUUUUAGGUGGAAGUAUUGAUCGUUUACGAUUGACUGAAUAUGGUCUUGCAAAUGGAGAUUUUCUUAUGUUUACAGUUAUGUUUCCACAAAUAAUGAAAGCGUGUACUAAUUAA